UACCGUACAGACUACAAGGACUGGUUCUCACAAUGAUUUCUCCGCCUGCCUCACUGUCUGGACCUCCUAGUUUGAGACCGUUCACUCGGUUCCUCGAGAGUUCCCUCUCGGAUAACUUUAAAAUGGGUGAGUACAAGGAUUUGUUAACUCAGUCUCUUACUGCAACAAAUCACGUUCAAGACUGCGCAAUCAUAAGUUUGAAAACUGCUUCAGUGGUGACAGCAUCCAUAGGAUUCAACCUGGAACCAGAAGAAAUUCAAGCCUUCCUUAAAACUUUCAACCAGCCAAGCAACUUCCGAGAUGAAGGGCUUUACUUUAAGAACAUAACCUACUUAUGUGUCAGAGCAGAUAAUAGUUCGGUGUACGGUAAACAA